AUGGACAUGGCUCAGCUUCUCCAAGCCUUCCGAGAGGAACGCCAAGCCAAUACUACAGCCCUCCAGAUGAUUGCUCAGGCUGUCAACCGCCUGCUGGCAGGGAACAGCAAUGGACGUUCCGCGUUGGCAGAGUUCAAGAAGCAUGCACUACCCACCUUCAUCGAGACUGCUGAACCCCUGGAUGCUGACGACUGGGUCCGCACCAUUGAGGAUCUGUUGGAACUAGUCGGCUGCACUGAAGACCGUGAGAGGGUGGCAUAUGCUGCCCACUGUGUCGGGGGAACUGCCAGAACUUGGUGGGAUGGAUUCAAGGUCAUGCAUGCUGGGCAAAACAUCACUUGGAAUGACUUCAAGACAGAAUUCCGCAAGGCCCAUAUUCCUUCCGGAAUCAUGGCCAUCAAGAAGCGUGAGUUCCGAGCCCUGAAGCAAGGAAGUAGCACUGUCAAGGAGUACAUGCAGAAGUUCAAUGUUCUGUCAAGGUAUGCUCCUGAGGAUGUCAGCACUGAUGCUGCCAAAAGAGAGCGCUUCAUGGAAGCCUUAACCAAACUCUGCAGUACUCGCUUGUUGUGUGUGACUGCCCAACCUUUCCUGAUUUGGUGA